AUGACUCUGUAUAGUAAGGGUCAAGAUACCAAUGAUUUUCAAGUAAAACAGACAUCGAAAAGAUUAGAGCUGCUGAACCAAAACAAGACCCCGGAUCGCAAUGAUGUUUGUCUUGUACAUGUACCUUAUAAGUUAAAAGUUCAGGUGAAUACCAGUGAAGAGGCCUCUGUUCAUUUAAGUAAACUAGAGGCUGAAGAAUUUGUUGUGAAGACACAAAAAGGUGACAUUAAUAUUGCAGAUUUGAAGGCAGACAAUAUCAAAGUGGAGAGUAGUGCAGGUCACAUCCAAGCAGAGGGUAGAUUGCAAGCGUCAAAUAUUGAAAUGAGCUCAGGAUUAGAUGGAGCUAUAAAGUGCAACAGUAUAAUGGCCAAUUCUUUUCAUGCUUCAACCCACACUGGGCCAAUCUUUGUAAAAUCCUGCUACAGCGACAAUUCUCAUUUUAUUACCCUCAUGGGAAAUAUUACACUGGAACACUUACAUAGAUCUGUUAAAAUUGAGAUUAUACAAAAAGGAAACCUGCAUAUACAAGGAUUCUCAGGAAACCUCGAAGCCACUCUAAAAAGUGGAGACGUUUUUAUGCAUGCAUCACAAUUACAUAACAAAAGUAGCAUCUUUAUUCAUGAGAAGGGAAAAGUUGAACUUUUAGUUCAUGAUAUUGAGAAGAAUUUGCCGAAAACCAAUUUGAUAGCUGACAAAAUAAAAGUUGACGAUAAAAUAUUAAAGCAAGGACGAUUCAUGGAUGAUUCUCAUCCAAUGAGGUUCAGAUAUGAGAAAGAUCAUAAAAAUGAAUUACAUAUAGUAUGUAAGAAUGGCUCCAUCGAUUUAAAGGAAACAGAUGUACCGUUUCUUGUGUAA